AUGUCUGUGCCCCUGAUCAUGCUAAGGAGGAAGUUUCCGAAGCCGGGGAACCUAGAUGGCGCAAGGGCUCUGAGCAAUCACCGGCGUGGAACUUGGCUUGAAUGCGGGCGUGGAUGCCAGCGUGGAACUUGUGAGGUGCGGAGGCGGCAAAUGUGGCAUGGCGCCAGCAAAUUAUCUCAUCUUCAGAUGAAAGUGGAUUCCGAUUGCCUCUUUGUCAAGAACGUCAGAGUCAAGCCACGACUCGACAGUCCAUUCCGCUCUGACAUGGGUUCGAUGUGCUCAGCUCUGGCGGUGUUGUAA